AUGAAGGUGGCUGUGGACCCGGACCCUUCCCUGGUCUACCAGCCUGAUAUGGAGCCAGAGGCGGCCAAAGACAAAGGCAGCUUCCGAAACUACACGUCCGGCCCUCUCCUGGACCGUGUCUUCACCACCUACAAGCUUAUGCACACGUGGCAGACCGUGGACUUCGUCAGGAGGAAGCAUGCCCAGUUUGGGAGCUUCUCCUAUAAGAGAAUGACUGUCAUGGAGGCUGUGGACAUGCUGGAUGCGCUGGUGGACGAGUCGGACCCCGACGUGGACUUCCCCAACUCCUUCCAUGCCUUCCAGACGGCCGAGGGCAUCCGGAAGGCCCAUCCCGACAAGGACUGGUUCCACCUCGCCGGGCUCCUGCACGACCUGGGGAAGGUCCUGGCUCUGGCAGGGGAGCCCCAGUGGGCAGUCGUUGGAGACACCUUCCCAGUUGGCUGCCGUCCCCAAGGCUCUGUGCUUUUCUGUGACUCUACCUUCCAGGACAACCCUGACCUCCAGGAUCCUCUGUACAGCACAGAACUUGGCAUGUACCAGCCCCACUGUGGGCUCGAGAACGUCCUCAUGUCCUGGGGCCAUGACGAGUACAUGUACCAGAUGAUGAAGUUCAACAAAUUCUCCCUCCCACCGGAGGCCUUCUACAUCAUCCGGUUCCACUCCUUCUACCCGUGGCACACGGGCGGCGACUACCAGCAGCUGUGCAACGAGCAGGACUUGGCCAUGCUGCCCUGGGUGCAGGAGUUCAACAAGUUCGAUCUCUACACCAAGAGCUCUGACCUGCCAGACGUGGACAAGCUGCGGCCCUAUUACCAGGGGCUCAUUGACAAGUACUGCCCUGGUGUCCUCCGUUGGUGA